GCCAAAAAUCCGCAGGACCGCUUCCAGAGUGAAGACGUGCAGAAGAUAACGAGACGGAUUAGGGUGAACAUCAGCGAUGAUGGCGGACCCGCUUCGUUCGGCAAGGAGCACCAGCACGACGGAGGACACGUCUCUUGUCCUCCCGUCCGACAAAAGUCGUUGCACCGGGCAGCAGCGAGUCAUGCAGCAGGUGAACAGCAUCAAGAGGAGCAAGUCAAAAAUAGUCAGAAAUGACUCCAGUCAGUCACCAACAUCUCAGUCACCUGCGACGGAAUAUAGUGAGCCUAAAUUCCAGUUUUCCCCGACAAAAAUGAACGGCUCUCUCUUCAGAAAGAGCUCGACCAACAUGAGCAGACGCCAGAGCAGAAUGAAUGGCUAUAGCGAAUCUGUGCGCAAAACCGUGAGAAGACAGAUUCAGAGCACCAGCCAGUUUGAAUCUCAAAUGCAAAUGGAGACACCAUUCAAUGGCAUAAAGCCCAGUGGCAGUGAUCCCACCUUAAAUCACGCAGCCCCCGUAAUGACCCAGAGGGGCAACCUAUCACGUGCCGCAACCUAUCAUGUGAAAUCUUCCGGCUCAUCACAUUCGUUGACAAAACCCAGGAGCAAAUCAGAAGCGUUGAGUACAAAUGAUCUCACAGCAGCUUUUGCUGGCAUCACUCUGAAGGAUGCGGUGGAGUACCUCAAACGAUCAGACGACAGAUAUCAGCUGUGUGGAGCAUCAUUCAUACAGCAUCACACCUUUGCAGAGGACAUUACCAAAAAUGAGGUUUGGCGCUUGGGAGGGAUUCCUGUUCUCAUUCAGCUUUUGAAAACUGACAAUACUCAGCUGCAACAGACGGCGGCUGCUGCACUACGUAACGUGGUCUUUAAAGACCUGAGGAACAAGCUCCAGGUGGAGAGUUGUGGAGGAUUAGAAGUCAUUAGGAAUGUGCUUGCAUCCAGUAACGACACGGAAACCCAGAAACACCUCACUGGUUUGUUGUGGAAUCUGUCCUCGGCUAAUGAUCUGAAGCCAAAGCUCGUUAAAAGUGUCCUGCCCCAGCUCACAGAAAGCAUUGUGGUCCCAUACAGCGGGUGGCCUGUCAGCAACACCGACAGCACUGACAAGCAUAUCGAGCCUGAGGUUUUCGAAAACACCACCGGCUGUAUAAGAAACCUUAGCAGCGCGUCUGAGGAAGAAAGGAUAGCGAUGAGAAACUGCCCAGGCCUGAUCGACUCUCUCAUGACAUACGUUAAGUCCCAGGUGGAAAGAUACGAACAUGACGACAAGACGUUGGAAAACUGUGUCUGUGUACUUCAUAACUUAAGCUUCCAUCUGGAGACGGAGGCUCCGGAGUCUUUUUCUAUCCCAGAUGAAUUCCCACAAGACACAAGCAAACAGAGCUUAUUCAGCCCCAAGAACUCCAAGAUUCAAAAGGACAUUUCAUUUCCAUCAAUGGAUAAGAAGGAGCCUAAGGGUGUGAGUUGGCUGUACCAUAAAAAGUCACUGCAACUGUACCUGACUCUGCUGAGCUACAGUACGAAGGAAGCCACACUGGAGGCGUGCUGUGGAGCUCUACAAAACCUCACUGCUUCCAAGAACACUGUGUCCACUCUGAUGAGUAAGACCAUUGUUGAAAAGUUGAAUGGCUUGCCUUUCAUCUCUCCACUGCUGAAUUCGGCAAACCCCUCCCUGCAGAGAACGGCAGUGUCCUUGGUGGGAAACAUGUCCCGGGUGUCAGAACUGCGGGGUGCUUUGGCCAAGGAAGUUCUCCCACACCUCUCAUCGCUCCUCUGUUCUGUCGACUCCAAAACGGACGAUUCUGACUACACCAUCAGCUCAGCGUGUCGUGUGAUGCACACACUCAUGUUGUCCAAGCCCGAGCUCAGCAAAAAGGUGCUGACCAAAGAUCUGAUAGACUCUCUGAGCGAUCUGAGUAGAAACAUGACAUUCACAGAUGGAAGAAGAGCUGCCGGAGUUCUUCUGUAUAGUAUGUGGGGCGAAAAAGACAUUCACAAUAUGCUAAAAAAGCAAGGGAUGAACAAGUACACGUUUAUAAACGAAGUCACGGCUGCAUCGUACAAAAUAGUAACGAGCAAAAUCCGCUGAUCGACAUGUUGUUUUGCAGAUAUGGUCUCUGUGAAGCCACAAAGAGAACAGCAGUUUGAAUUGCCUACAUAUACUGUUGAGUAUAUUUGCUUCUUGCUAGCAAAAUCCUUUUAGCGCCUAAUGUGCACGUUUACCAUGGGAAACAGUUUGUACACUUUGGCCUGCCAAACUUGCACUACUGGUCUUGCAGAAUAGUAAUUCCUGUCAUAUUUUUGUAUUGCUUUUCUACGCUGUUUUUUUAGCAAUAUUGAAACUUUCUCGAAUGCCUUAUAUUAAGAUACAUGCUGAUCCAAGAGUGUUUCUUGAUGCAGUAACGGUACAUUCACACGGGCGAAAGCAUUAAUGCUUGACGGAAGGCUUGUCUGAAGCGUGGACAACAGCCAAUCACAGUGGCCGCAACACAUGCUCUGGUCUUCCAUAAACGUAAUUGGCUGGCUCUGCCUAGGUUAUUUGCAUAAGGUGAUCUGAUUAGCUAACGCAUUCGUUGCCGCUUGAAAAGUUGAGAAAUUUUCAACUUCUACCGCGAGCAACGGUACUGACGCAGCGCCGACAGAUCCACAAUUCAUUUCGGCAACGCAUGACGUCACCCAUUAAAAGUGAAUGGGAAGCGUUAACGCUUACGCCCUGUGUGAAUGCACCGUAAGGCCUGUGUGAUUGUCAGUAUCUAAAUGUCCCUUUAUGUAACAGUAUUUGAGCACUUGAGUGUCUGCUAAAUGCCUAAAUGUUAGGGCUGCAACUAACAAUUAUUUUCAUAAUUGAUUAAUUGGCUGAUUAUUUUUUCAAUUAAUCGACUAAUCGGAUAAAACAAAUAUUACUCAAUUAGAUUUUUUCACUUCAUAUAGCUAAAUUAGGGUAUUCACGUAU